AUUGGUCUAAAUGCCAGGCGGGUGGGGUGGGUCGGCGAAACUCCCAGCUAAAUGUUGCGAAGUGUUCACGUGGGUAUCGAGGCGGGGCUACGGCGGCCACUUCCCAUCCCGGCAGAAAGGGCUUUCAUAGCUGGCCUUUUCGGCCCUUCUAUCUCCCUCUAGGUGAUCUGGCCACAGGUCCGUUCGCCUAACCGCUCCAAAGGAGUUGCUGCACGCUCUCGUCGAUAGCCCCUACAAAAUUUUCUUUCUUUCUCCGAAGGUGGGCCUGUAGGUCCUGCGACCGCUGGGAAACCCAAACCCCAGUGUCCAGAGAGUAACCGGAAGUGCUACCCCAGGCCUAGGGGCGGCGCCAGUGGCUUCCGGGGUAAGCGCGGCCUGCGGGGCCUGGGAGGUACAGGACCGGUGGGGCCUGAGGCUGGAGAGAAGCGCGGAGGGACUCGACUGCCGUCUUCCCUGUUCACCAGCCCUUAAGUCUCCGCCUCAGCUAGCGAGAGCUGCCCCUGUUUUUUGUUUGACCGAGCGGGUUCCGGGUUCACGAGCUGAAAGGCGGUCAGAGAAGUUGAAAGCAGCUUGGAGUGGCCAUUCCUGGAAAUAAUCAUUAAACACUGUCAGGCACUUUUCUAAACGAUCUGAAGGGAAAAAACUGAGUAGUUGUGGACUGGAGACAUUUUGGAGCCAGUAGGAUCACAGCAUUAUUUUGAAUUUCAGUUUCCAGAGAAAUUAAAUCCUUAGGACUAGAAUGUAGAUGCUGGUUGUCUUCCAUCUAGAUUCUGGGGCUGGAAAUAAAAGUAAGGAGUGAGUAUAUAUGAUGCUGAAAACUUGUAGAAGAAAAAUGCUGAUGACUGAAAUUCCUAAAACAGAUGUCUUCUUCAAGUUUUUUUUUUUCUAGAAAAUGAUGGGUCAAAAAGACCAGUGGAAAACUCCCUAGAAGAGAGCCAUAGAAAAUGUACACUUCAGAAGAGAGAUAUAACCAGAGAACUCAAAACAGGAAAACAUAUCAUGUAUGCCCUCAGAAGGUUAAAAAGAUUUUUAUUCAUGUGCAUGAGAUUACUCAAAUAGAUGAUCAGAUAUACCAGUGCCUUGAACGUGAACAAGACUUCUCUGAAAACCUAGCUCUUAUUAUGUGUGAGCGAACCCAUACUGGAGAGAAACAUUAUAGAUGUGAUAUGUGUGAGAAAACCUUCAUCCGAAAUUCAGAUCUUAUUUCACAUCAGAGGAUCCACAACUAUGAGAAACCUUAUAAAUGUAGUAAAUGUGAAAAGAGCUUUUGGCACCACUUAGCCCUUUCAGGACACCAGAGAACACAUGCAGGUAAAAAAUUCUAUACAUGUGAUAUUUGUGGCAAGAAUUUUGGCCAGAGCUCUGAUCUGCUUGUCCACCAGCGGAGCCAUACAGGUGAGAAGCCGUAUCUAUGUAGUGAGUGUGACAAAUGUUUUAGUCGAAGUACAAAUCUCAUAAGGCACCGAAGAACUCACACAGGGGAGAAACCAUUUAAGUGUCUGGAAUGUGAAAAGGCUUUUAGUGGGAAAUCAGAUCUUAUUAGUCACCAGAGAACUCAUACAGGUGAAAGACCCUACAAAUGUAAUAAGUGUGAGAAAAGUUACCGACACCGUUCAGCCUUCAUUGUUCAUAAAAGAGUUCAUACUGGGGAGAAGCCCUACAAGUGUGGUGCCUGUGAGAAAUGUUUUGGUCAGAAAUCAGAUCUGAUUGUACACCAGAGAGUCCACACAGGUGAGAAGCCAUAUAAGUGCUUAGAAUGUAUGAGAAGUUUUACUCGGAGUGCAAAUCUAAUCAGGCACCAAGCAACUCACACUCACACUUUUAAAUGCCUUGAAUAUGAGAAAAGUUUCAACAGUAGCUCUGACCUAAUUGUGCAUCAGAGAAUUCACUUGGAAGAGAAACCACAUCAGUGGUCUGCAUGUGAGGACAGCUUCCUCCUGGGCAUGGACUUUGUGGCCCAACAGAAAAUGAGAACUCAAACAGAGGAACUGCAUUAUAAAUACAGCUUAUGUGAUAAAAACUUCCACCAGAGCUCAACCCUUCUUCAGCAUCAGACAAUCCACAUUAGUGAGAGACCCUAUCUCUGUAGUGUUGUUGAGAAAGGUCUUCAGCUCAGCCCUCCACCUGCAUCAGAAACGUCACAAGUUUCUUGACCAAGAAAGUAUGUAUAGUGAAAAAUGUACAUGUAGACAACUAAUUAAGAGCUUUAGACAAAUCUCAGACAUUUAUCAGAGCUCAGAUUGCAGUGGGGACCAGAGUCUGCAAUUGUAGGGAGUUUGAAAAAUGUUUUCUCUAAGAGCUGCUGCCUCAUGGAACACCUUAUCAGCUACUCAAGUGAGAAACCUUAUAAAGUCCUUGCAUUUGCUAAACCUGUAGUCUGAACUCUUAUCUGAUCACCCAAAAGAGGAUUCAUACAGAUGGGAAACCUUACAAAUGCAGUGAUUUGAGCAAGCUUUCUACUUCUUCUCAGUACAAGAUAGUUUACACCAAAGGACAACUUUUUAAAUGCCCUCCCUAUUAACAUAGCUUCAGACAAUAUGCACAUCUCACUGAACUUCUACAAAUCUAAUUUGGGAGAAACCCCACAAAUGUCUAAUAAACUUCUAACAAAAUUUUGAUUUCCAUACCCAUCAGCAAAGCCAUACUUGUGAAAAUUUGGACAUUUGUCUUGAAGGUGGCAAAAACAAAGACUGAAUGACAAAAACUGCUAGGAGGGAACUCAUGUGAAAAACCCUUUCAGACUAAUACAUUGAAUCUGGGUAAAGGGGAAAACUAAAAAGCCUUGCUAGACAUACCUACCCUAAUUCAGCCCAAAGAACCUAUACUGCAAAUAAAUUUGCUCUAGUAAAAGAUCAAAUUAUAGACUGUAUAUAAAGUAGGUAUGAGAAGACCUGUUCUAAAGAGAUGACUUUUAAUGGAGUCAAUAUGUAAACAGUUUUUUAGAUACCUAGAAGCAUUUUCCCCCCCAUAGGAAGAGCUCUAGGACAGGUCUGAGUAGGCCUGAUCAGUAACUCAGGUAAAGAUGACUUUCUUUUAUCUGAACCAUUUAUUGACUGCUAUACUUAACUCUUUUUAAACUUGGAAAUCCAAUAAAGAAAAGGACAAUGCAUUCUGUGAUAGAGUUGUGGCAUGUGUUACUGUUGGGGGAAAGGAAUAUAUAAACUUUGCCUCUGUUAACUUUUUUAUUCUUGGCUAGAUUGGGGACUAGUGUGUUGACAGCAUGGGAGCUUUUACUAGUAAUGAAAAGCAGGUAGGGAGUAGUUAUCCUAGAUCAAAACUCCCAGGAGUUUUCCCUUUGGAGAAUUAGCCUUAUAAAGAGGUAGAAUAUUUAAUUUUUUUUUAAACUUUAGAGUAAAUUGAGGUAUACCUUCAAAAGUUUCCUUUUCUUUAAAAUAUCUUUUAGAUUAUCUCUUGUAUUUGAAAUUUCAACUUUAGAUAUUUGUUGAUUUUCAGCUCAGAAAUUCAAAUUCCAAAGUAGCCAGUGUUGAUUUUAAUAAUUAUUUUUUUAAUUUUACAUGUCUAAAUUCCUUAAAAAAUAUUUGAGAAGACUAAAAAGAAAGAAUUAAAAAAAAAAAAACUUUAAAUUGAAGUAGAACAGAGUAAGCCAUGUAACUGCAUUAUUAAUAGAAGGACUAGGUAUUUUAGUGUCCUGAGACCACAAUUAGUAUUCUUCUGCUGUUUUUGUCUGCUGGUCAUAGAAGAUCAAGUCCCAUAUGAUAUGUCUUUCAUUUAUUUUAGGUCUGCCAAGGCAAAAAAGAUUCUGAAAUGUAUAAUCACUCCAAGAGAAGGUAUAUAUUCUUGUUUGGAAUGCAAAGUUCUAAAUACUAAAAGGGAAAAGUAGUCAGUGGGUUCACCAUAGUUAUAAGGAUAAACAGUUUUCUUCAGUUUAUCCUAUUUAAUAGGAUAGUUAGAAUUUUUCAUCAGUGUUCUUUAGAAAUACUGUAAUUCAGGGAUUUAUACAUGGACACAUCUGAGUUCACUUUUUCCUUCCCUCAGAUUAAAAAACAUUUAAUGUGGAUACUUAAAGUUCCUGCAUUUGUGAAUCUAAACUAAAUAUUUUGUUACUAGUUCAGACUUCUGUUUGAGCUUAACAAACCUCUGGACUCCAGAGCAUUAGCAUUCAGACUCAUGAAGGGCUAAACUGUCAUAUUGCUUCUCUGCAUGUGGCUCUAAGAUUUGAUCCUAAUGGCUGGUUGAUGAUAACCUUAAGAGUCAGUGGAUAGGAUGCAUUAAUGAUACUAAGGAAUCAAUUUUAGAGCUUUUUUUUUUUCAAUCUAGAAAACAUCCUGGAAGUUUGUGUUUUACUAAUGUUUAUAAAUAGCUUAUACUGUGAAAAGUUGCCCAAUGUAAUUAAUCACAAAGUGCAAUGUUUCUCUUUGGGGAAAAUCAUGCCUAUCACUCACAUAUGUUUGACAGUUGUUAGAUUUCAGGUAGGAUUGGGUGCAUGGCAUGAUGGUGAUGAAAAUUUGUAUGGCUACUUCUUGGUCAUUAGAAAGAACUUGCAGAACAAAAUAGAGUUGCUAUCAUUGGUAGAGCAAUCAAAAAUGGCUUACCCCUAAUUUCAACAAAUCUUACUGGUAAUUAAUUGUCUAGUCUAUAAGUUACAGCUGAAUCUUCAAAGAACUUUAAGGGUAUGUCCAGGUCUGAGAGCUUUUCUUUUAACCAUGGGAGAACAGGUUCAUAUUUCAAAUAGCACAACCUGAGGUUGGAGAGGACCACUAGGAAGACUGUAAUCAAAACUGAAAGGUAACUUCUGGGAUGGAUGAUGGUCCUCUUGAAAUAAUGCCAACCAAAUUCUACCUCAGGUAAGUAAGUAGAGUAACUUUUUCAGUAUUUCAGACCAAAUAGGACACUAUAUUCAGUCAGUGUGUUCUUAUGCAUUAAUGUUUUUGUUUGUUUGUUUUGUUUUCCUCUAAUUCUUAAAUAAACAUUUGUUGUGAAAAAGUCCAA